AUGGGAUUGACUGACUGGCCGAGGAAGGCGUGCGACCUAUGCUACACUCGCAAGAUCAAGUGCGACGGGCAGAGACCUCGGUGCUCAAACUGCAUCAACUAUACCACGGACUGUACGCAUAGCGCACCGAGCCGGAAGUCGAAGCCCAAAGCACAACGUCACUCGGAGAAUGGAUAUGUGCAGACACAGAAUGGAGGCCAAGGGCUCGAGCAGACGCGAAUAACAGCGCAGGUUGAAGACCACCAUGAGGACGACCAUACGAUCAGUGCAAUGGAACUGCCCCCACUAGAACAGGCCAUGGCCAUGGUUGGGAUAUUUCUCAACAGUAACAACUCGGUUCUGCCGUUGUUUCAUGCUGAUACGCUCUUGUGUCUAGUCGGUAAAUGCUACGCCCAGCAACCCGGACAACGCGACCCAGUGGUAUGGGCUGCCAUCAACGUCGUCUUUGCCCUGGCUAGCCAAGUGGUCCCAGAUGUAGGAUCUCAGAACCAGACUGAUCGAACAACCGAGUAUUUCAAUAAAGCACAAUCUGCCGUCUCGACUGUGAUGCUCGGUGAGACUUGCCUUCUUAACAUACAAGUCCUGGUAGGCAUGGUGAUGGUGCUCCAGACUGCACAUAAUCUGACUCCAGCUUUACUCCUAAUAUCAGCCACCAUGCGCCUCGCACAUAGGUUAGGCCUCCAUAAUCAUGCAGCAUCAGCAUAUCUGGAUCCGGUGCGAAGGAGACAGCAUGCCCGCGUCUUCUGGCUGGCGUAUAUUCUGGACAAAGAUUUAAGCCUUCGUGCCCAACAACCUUCAGUCCAGCUGGAUGAUGAUAUUGACGUGGAGUUACCGUCCGCAUUUACGGUUUCUAAUGACGAUAAUGACAAGAUGGCUGGCAUCGUCAUGACGGCUGACGGGAAUGCCAGCAUGAAUUACUUCCUGGCUCGCGUAAAGCUGGCUAAUAUUGAGGGCCGUAUAUAUGACUGUCUCUUUUCAAAUCGGGCCGUUAAUGGAAGCCUCGAAGAACGAGAGAGUGCAAAGGAAAGCAUUGUUAGCUCGCUGGAUGAAUGGCGAGCUUCUAUACCACACGAAUUCAGCGCCAGUAUUGUCACCUCAAGUACUAGAAAUAAACCAGCAAAUAGUGGAUUUUUUUGUGUGCUGCACUCCACCAGCCUCCAAUGCAUGGCGCUUGUUCACCGAGCUCACGCUUGGGAUGGGCAAUGGGUGAUGAGUCUUCGCAGCCAUAGCCGGGGAAUUCAGAUGCUGCAGCUACCACCAUAUUGGGAGACAAUGGUCCAUCAAGCACGAGACUACAUGCUCAUGUUUCGACAGAUUUGGUCGAGAGACGCCUGGUUUCGCUGGAUGACUUCAUGUCCUUACACAACCGCCAUGGUCCUGCUGACGGCCAACACUUUGUAUAAUUCGUGGAAUCAUGAGAUCCAGUUAGAUAUCGAGCUGAUUGAUUCGGCGCUUCUUUGGCUCAGGGAGGCUAUGAGAGAAAACCAAUCGGUGGAGGCCCAAACACUUUGGGAGACUUGCGUUGAGGUUAUUCGAACGGUCAAGCAGAAGCUUGCUGAAGGCAUCACGUCGCCCUUUAAUAGUUACUGGCUACUCAAUGAUCCAGACAGUCAAGAGGCGUUCUAA